AUGAUUAAAUAAUUAAUUACUCUUUCACUCGCAGUUACAAUCAUAUUUGCUGCUGUAGGUUCAGAUGUUUAGUGUAAUACUAAUGAUUAAUCUUCAUGUGGUUUAUCUGGUGGUAGCACUUGGACUGCAGGAACUGGAAAUGGCAGAUCAAAAAUAUCUGAAUGCAAUGACAUUGAUGGUAGCUUAACCAAUGUUUAUGACACUAUAUAUUCAUCUUGUCCUGUUAGUUCUAAAAUCUAUGCUAAUAGUGCAAAAAAUGGUUGUUAGACUACUCCGGCUAUUCCAGGAGCAGUUGUUCUAUGUUAGAAAUCUUGUACAUGUACUACCUGCUGUACAAUUUCACCAGCUUUUGUAUGGUCUGUACCAAAUGGUGAUACAAAUAAUUGCAUUAUCAUAUCAUGCUUAGCUGCAUCUUUCCUGCUAGUAAUUUAGUUGAUAAUUUUUGCAAAUUAUGUAAUGUGGUGGUGCUAAAGGAACUUAUGCUAAUUCUAAUAAUACAUCUUGUGUUGCAAGUUCAACUACAUGCUAGAUAGAGCUCAAGUACCUCUGGUUCGACAUUUCCAUAUUGUAAUAUUUGUAAUACAGGCACUGCCACUCCAACACUAUUAUAUGCUAAAGCAGAUUCAUCAACCUAUUAAUCCACUAUAAGUCUUUAAGAUAAUAAUGUCUGUCCCAUGUCAAAAUUCUGGCUUUUGUACUAACUGUGGUAGUUUCACUAAUUUCGCAUUCAUUCCAUCAUAAGCUGAUGCUUAAAAUCGUUAUGUUAAAUCUUGCUUAGCUGCUUCUGUGCUUGCAAGUGGUUUGAAUGAUUACUUCUGUGGUUCAUGUAAUUUUACUAACAAAUUUUCAAAUGCUUAUGGAAACGCUUGUGUAAAUUCAACAAAAGUUGCACUAUAAAUUCUGGUUGGGCUGACUCAAAUUGUAUAAAUAUGUAAUGUUAGUGGUGCUAAUUCUGCAAAUCAAUAUGCCGCUGCAGAUUCAAAGUCAUGCAUUUCUACUAAACCUAUUAAAUAAUCAUCUUCAGUUAUUGUUUUUUCAGGUUUAAUAGUUGCUUCUUUACUUAUUUGA